UCCUGCUUCGGAGCGGGAAUCUUCGUUGCACCAGUGACUAAAAAGAGAAUUAAAUAUGGGUAAUGUUGAGAAGGGCAAGAAGAUUUUUACUAUGAAGUGUUCCCAGUGCCACACCGUUGAAAAGGGAGGCAAACACAAGACUGGGCCAAAUCUCCAUGGUCUCUUUGGGAGGAAGACAGUUCAGGCCCCUGGAUACUCUUACACAGCCGCCAAUAAGAACAAAGGCAUCACCUGGGGAGAGGAUACACUGAUGGAGUAUUUGGAGAAUCCCAAGAAGUGCAUCCCUGGAACAAAAAUGAUCUUUGUCGGCAUUAAAAAGAAGGAAGAAAGGGCAGACUUGAUAGCUUAUCUCAAAAAAGCUACUAAUGAGUAAUAAUUGGCCACUGCCUUAUUUAUUACAAAACAAAUGUCUCAUGUUUUUUUAUGUGUACCAUACUUUAAUAGAUCUCAUACACCAGAAUUCAGAUUGUGAAUGACUGACAGCAUAUUUUGCUGGGCAGUCCUGAUUUAAAACUAAGACUGGCUUGUGGUUAAAUGAAUAUGUUCAGUUUUUGAAUUUUAAUAGUAAUUCCAAUUCAGUAAAUGCUAUCACUGUU